AUGGCGACUUUGGCGGACCUGCCGGACUCAGUCCUGUUAGAGAUCUUCUCUUACCUCCCGGUCCGGGAUCGAAUUCGCAUCUCCAGGGUUUGUCACCGCUGGAAGAGGCUGGUGGACGACCGGUGGCUCUGGCGACACGUCGACCUGACUCUGUACACGAUGCGGCCUAAAGUCAUGUGGCACCUCCUUCGCCGCUAUAUGGCAUCCCGGCUCUGUUCCCUGCGGGUGGGCGGCUACCUGUUCUCAGGCUCCCAGGCCCCCCGGCUGUCCCCUGCCUUGAUGAGGGCCCUGGGCCAGAAGUGCCCUAACCUGAAGCGUCUCUGCCUGCACGUGGCCGACCUGAGCAUGGUGCCCAUCACCAGCCUGCCCUGCACCCUGAGGACCCUGGAGCUGCACAGCUGCGAGAUCUCCAUGGCCUGGCUCCUCAAGGAGCAGGACCCCACCGUGCUGCCCUUGCUCGAGUGCAUCGUGCUGGACCGGGUCCCUGCCUUCCGUGAUGAGCACCUGCAGGGCCUGACGCGCUUCCGCGCCCUGCGGUCGCUGGUGCUGGGCGGUACCUACCGAGUGACCGAGACAGGGCUGGAUGCGGGCCUCCAGGAGCUGGGCUACCUGCAGAGGCUGGAGGUGCUGGGCUGCACCCUCUCAGCUGACAGCACCCUCCUGGCCGUCAGUCGCCACCUCCGAGAUGUGCGGAAGAUCCGGCUGACCGUGAGGGGCCUCUCUGCCCCCGGCCUGUCCGUCUUGGAGGGCAUGCCAGCCCUGGAGAGUCUGUGCUUGCUGGGCCCUCUCAUCACCCCAGAAAUGCCUUCCCCGGCUGAAAUCCUCUCUUCCUGCCUCGCCAUGCCCAAGCUCAGGGUCCUUGAGCUGCAGGGGCUGGGGUGGGAGGAUCAGGAGGCCGAGAGGAUCCUGUGUAAGGGGCUGCCCCACUGUAUGGUCAUCGUCAGGGCCUGCCCCAAAGAGUCCAUGGACUGGUGGAUGUGA